AAUUCGGCUAAACUGCAUUUAAAAUGGAAUCCGAAAUUAAGAAGUUUUAUGAAGACAAAACGAUUUUUUUAACCGGUGCCAGUGGAUUUUUGGGAAGAGUUACCAUUGAGAAACUGCUGCGUGCAACAGAGGUAAAGCGUAUUUAUGUGUUGAUAAGACCCAAACGUGGCAAGGACACACAGGAACGCAUUGCCGGAUGGAAAACCAAUCCCCUUUUUGAAGUGCUACUCAAAGCCAAGCCGAACAUAUUGGAGCGCGUGGUAGCCAUAGAGGGGGACUGCAAGGAGCCUGAUCUGGCCAUCAGCCCGACGGAUCGCGAUCUGCUGACGCAGCAGGUGGACCUGGUAAUGCACGGAGCGGCAACUGUCAACUUUGCGGAGCCGCUGCAUGUGGCAUUGGACAUCAAUACGCGUGCAACUUACCAGAUGCUGCAGCUGGCCAAGCAGAUGCACCGUUUAGUGGCAUUCGUGCACGUAUCCACGGCCUUUUCCAACUGUAUAAUCCACUUCAUUACGGAACGCUAUUAUCCGGAGUACUUGAGCUGCAGCGCUAAAAAGGUAUUGGCGCUAAGGGAAAUGCUGGACAAAGACACGAAUCUGUUCGAUAAGAUGGCUCCAGUGCUGCUCGACAGGUUUCCCAAUACUUACACCUAUACAAAGGCUCUGGCAGAGCAGUUGAUCCAGACGGAGGCGGGGGAUUUGCCGGUCUGCAUCUUUCGUCCAGGUUCCAUUGCGGCCACCAAUAAGGAGCCUUUUUCCGGCUGGAUAGACAAUAUCUACGGACCCAUUGCUAUAAUCCAUGGAUUGUUAUAUAGUGUUUUACGUGUCUUACCCCUCAAUCUAAAUGCUGAAUCCAACAUUGUGCCCGUGGACAGUUGUGCCAAUCUGGUGCUGUCCUGUGCCUGGCGCACGGCCAUGGAGGCGGCUCAGCGCAAAGAACAGGUCAUUGGAAGCCCUCCUGUCAUUUACAACUUUGCGCCUAGCGGUGAAAAUGUUAUUAAUAAUGCGUAUGUCGUGGACGCCGUAAAAAGAGAACGUCACGUUUAUCCCGUAACCCUGGCGAAAUGGUACCCCUUCAUGCACGCCACCACCAAGCCCCGGCUGUUCAAAUUGGCAGCAAUCUUUUAUCAUCUGCUGCCCGCCUACAUGGUUGAUCUAUAUCUGCGCCUGCGCGGCCAGAAGGCACGCAUGGUGGCCAUGUACCAGAAGAUCCACAGGAAUAUCGAUGUGAUGCAACACUUUAUGAUCAACAACUGGAGCUUUGAGACAUUUAACACGGAUCGGCUGUGGGAAUGCAUGUCUGAAGCGGAUCGGCAGCUCUUUGAGUUCGAUAUGCAAUCCUUGGACUGGGAUAGCUAUUUGGAUCGCUUAUUUCUCGGCAUUCGCACCUAUCUGUGCAAAAAGGACUCAAGUGAAGAGUCCAUUAGGCGUGGUCGUACGAAAAUUAAAUGUUCAGCCUUGUAA